CCCAUCAUCCGAGCUACCAAGUCAUCGUGGGGAUUCUGUCACGGUUCCAGUUCUCGCAUACGAACGAAACAACCUGGGGGGGUGUUUUCCUCAUUGGGUUUAUUUUUGGGGCGUACGUCGAUAUAAAUCAAUUGAUUAUUGGGGAUUUAUUUCCUGGUCGUAUUUUCCCAGCUCGACCCUGCCAAUAGAUACAAACUUCUAGGUAUCCUUCGAGGACUAUCAGAGAGGCGCUUUUUUUCUUGCAAGGAAGCUUUAUCUUGCCCAAAGAAAGCAAUACCCGCGCACGAUAUGGCGACGAGUCAACUGCGAUCCUUCGGGGGAUCCACGAACGGCCAGCACCGCCCUCAAGUGCCCGACAUGCCGCAAGCCAAGAUCAAGAGCGUCGAGUACUUCCGCGUCAAGCCCCGGUGGCUGUUUGUCAAGAUCUGCGACGACCAGGGGUUCCAUGGCUGGGGGGAGGCGACGCUCGAGGGCCACACCAAGGCCGUCGAGGGCGCGCUGGACGAGAUCAUCGACCGCAUUGUCGGGUAUGAGGCGGAUGACAUCGAACACAUAUGGCAGACGAUAUGGCGGCUGGGGUUCUACCGCGGAGGUCCGGUCUUCAUGUCCGCCUUGUCGGGGAUUGAUAUUGCUUUGUGGGAUUUGAAAGGUCGCAGGCUGAAUGUCCCCGUCUAUCAACUGCUCGGCGGCAAAGUGCGCAACAAGGUCCAAGUCUACGCGUGGAUCGGCGGCGACACGUUCCAGGACAUUGAAGGGGCGGCCAAGGCACGGAUCGCCCAGGGUCUGAAAUGCGUCAAGAUGAACGCCACGGGGCCCGUCAACUGGCUCGACUCGCCGGCGGUGCUGGACGCCACGAUCGAGCGGCUCAAGAUCGUCAAGGGCCUGGGGCUGGACGCCGGGCUGGACUUCCACGGCCGGCUGCACAAGCCCAUGGCCAAGCAGCUGGCGCGGGCGCUGGAGCCGUACCGGCCGCUGUUCAUCGAGGAGCCGCUGCUGGUGGAGCACGGCGAGGCGCUGCAGCAGCUGGCCGGGGCCACGACGGUCCCGAUCGCGUUCGGCGAGCGGCUCUACACGCGCUGGGACGUCAAGCGGUUCCUGGCCGAUGCGACGGUCGACAUCCUGCAGCCCGACAUCGCGCACGCGGGCGGCAUCUCCGAGACGCGCCGCAUCGCCGCCCUGGCCGAGGCCUACGACGUCGCCAUCGCGCCGCACUGCCCGCUCGGCCCCGUCGCCCUGGCCGCCAGCAUGCAGGUCGCCCUGUGCACCCCGAACUUCGUCAUCCAGGAGAUGUCCCUGGGCAUGCACUACAACGUCGAGGCCGGCAAGGAGGACCUCAACACCUACCUCGUCGACCCCGCCGUGUUUGCCAUCCGGGACGGCUACGUCGACGCCCUCCGCGGCCCCGGGCUGGGGAUCGAGAUCGACGAGGCCGUCGUGCGCAGGAUCGCCCAGUCCACGGGCCAUUGGCAGUGCAAGGAGUUUUACGGGCCGGAUGGGUCGAUUAGAGAGUGGUGAGCGGAAAGAGACGAGGGUAGAGAAAGAUACUCCCUGUUUCUCAACACCACAAACCGUGUAUAGCGCCGGGGCAAGAGGGGAAAGAAACCAAAAAGGCUUGGGUCUCAUUCUGGGCGUAGCAUCAUGGGCGUCUGAGCAUCGACCAGGCACGCAUACGGACAGUCAGUCGCGUUGCCAGCAAGGCUUGCCUACCUACUAC